CACUUGGUCCGUAGGACCAUGGGCUUGGUGCUUACGAGGGCCGUUGUCGGUCUGAAUCCGCUGCCCUGGAACCUUUUGAUUUCUCACCAAGAGACAUUUACCCGGGUCGCUGCCGAACACCUGCAUCUUUCUCGCGAUGGGUCCGAUCGAUAUGACUGUUGAGAGCAAGGCUUGCUUGACAUGUGCCCGUGCCAAGAGAAAAUGUGAGCGGCAGAUACCAGCCUGCCGCAGGUGUCAGUCCAGAGGCUGGCGUUGUGAGUAUCCGACGGCGAUUUAUGAACCCCCGGGCCGACCUCAAGUCCAACAACGACUCGGACUGGGCACCGUCUCGGACGAACCCUUGCCCGACCUUCUUUUUGAUUCGUCCGGAGACAUGAUAACCAUCGACGGACUUCUAUCUCACAGCUUGGACGCCGUUAUUGGGAACCCGAGCAGCACCCAGCCCGGUCCGAGAUCCCACCCGCAUCCACUGCCUUGGUAUCUGGAGAAGGGCUCAUGGGAUGUUGACCACAUGGCAUCAGCACAUAGCGCGGCACCUUACUGUAGCACAGUGCUGAGAAGCUACACAGACCAUGCCAAAGAAUGGCUGACCCGCUGGGUCGAGACCGGUUGUUGUCCUUUUAUACAUCAACAAGCGUACAAACACCAUAUGCCACGAUGCGUCCAGGAUGCGUUCACCGCGCUGUCAACGUACCAAAAUAGAAAGGAAUCAAACAAAGCCAUCAUCACUUCCCUUCUCGAACAAAGAGUAAAACAACUAUUGGCAGAUCAGCCACAUCCACCGCCAGGUACUACCAGCGACGACGAUGCAGGGGCGGUGGCACUCGACACCUUCGAACACCUAGCUCGUGUCCACGCCCUCCUCACAUACCAGAUCAUUUGCCUGUUCGACGGCGACAUCCGCCUCCGGCACGUCGCAGAGACACAGAUACCAACCCUGAACUCAUGGCUGCGGCAGCUCGUCGCCUCCGCCCAGCACACCGCCGCCCAGGGGCCAGAGGCGUUCGCCUCCCCAAUGGUAACCCCGCCAGGCUACCAACAGGACCCGCUCUCGCAAAUGGCAGAGCAUAUUGGCGGGCAGAACAACGGCGAUGGUGAGUGGGUGGGCCUCGCGAGCUCCCUGAUCAUCCCCCAAGAGGACAUCGCCUGGUGUGCGUGGCUGUUCGCCGAGACCAUCCGCCGGACGUGGGUCGUCGCUACUGGCGUGCAAACCAUAUACCUAACGCUGCAGGUCUUGUGGGCGCCGUGUCCGGGUGGGUUGCCAUUUACCACCCGGAAAGGCGCUUUUGAGGCACCGUCUUCGUUUGCCUGGGAGACCUGUUGUGAGGGUCACAAACAGGGCAUAGACUUUGUACGAAGGCAUGAGCACCGGUUAUUUGAGGAGUGCAGGCCGGAAGAUUUGGACGAGUUCACAAUGAGCCUGCUGGAGAUGACCUACGGCGUUGAAAAGAUAGAGCGGUGGAAAUAUGGGAGACAAUGAUAGAGAGAGAUGUAUUCAUAUAAGGAGUGAUGUAGCAUCCUCCCGUGGAAAAUCCACAAAGAUAGAGUCCUAUAUCUAAUCAAUUAUUGUAAUUACCCGAA